AUGAGGUCUUUUCUCUACGCCACCGUGAUUGUUGGCCUUGUAGCCUCAAUCGCUGCUCAAAAUAUAAAGCCUGUAGGCGAACUGUUCCAAGUGGACUUUACCACCAACAACCAAGGCGGAUGCAAUUAUGUUGGCCAAGCAAACAUGCAACAGAUUCUUCAAGACGCUUACGACCUUGGUACUAUCGGUAGUCAACUCGUCUCAGACUACAAGAACAACGUUGCUGAAGCGCGGCUUCUCCUUGAUUCCUUCUUUCAGGUGCAGAAUCCGCCGAUGAAUGAAAACGAGUUGGAGGACAUAUCAGGUGCAUAUAAACAGGUUUCGGAUUGGAUCUUGAAUGGCGGCCCCUACGACAAUGAAAGUAGAGAUAAUACACCAUUCCUCUUCUGCUUUCAUAACUGGCUUCAGAAAAAGACUAUGAAUGAUCCAGCACAGGAUGAAAAUGGAGAAACAUAUCCAAACGUGGAGUCAGGGGGGGCUCCAUUUCUAAUACGAGAUAGUGAAGUUUAUCGGAAUAUGCAACAAAAAGAAACGGAAGAGGCGGAGUUGGAUACUCCUGCUCCUCCAUAUUGGAGCUAUAAGCAUCACGCAUAUAUUUUCGAUCGGUCAUACGGCGGACCAAAUACAGGAAUGUGCAGCCGCGGCAAGUACGCAGGAGGCACACAGCAUGUGUUGAAUCCAAGCAGUAUCACGCUUUGCCCAUUUUUUUUUGGCACGACGAACGCCCGAAGUGGAGGAAUAAAAUACGUGGCCCGCAGAUCUGUGGCUCCAAAUCCUAUACCCAGGGCCAGUGUAAAGACUGGCCUGAAGAAUGCCCAAACUCUUUCGGAUGUCACGCCUACGGCGACAACACUAUUACAUGAGCUAUUUCAUCUUGUAUCGGGAAAUGAGCUAACCACACCUCCUCCACCGGGAGAGGUUUAUGGGCUUUUGAAGGGCGAGGGAGGAAAUCCCAAUAAAAUCGUGGGACUCGAUUUUGAUAACGCUUCGGAGAACCCAGAGUCUUUUGCUCUGGCUGCCGUAGCAUACGACUACACACUCAACUGGCCACCUGACAAUGCUGGUAAUAGGAUCGAGUUUGAAGCUGGCUAUACUACACAGGGGUAA